GGCUGUACAUCCGGGGGCUGCAACCCACACUGCAUCUGGGGCGAGGCUAUUGCGUGAUGGGUGCGAGAUCGGCUACAGUCAGUUUGCAGACGUCUAUGGGAAAAGUUGUUAUAGAGUUGUAUUGGGAGCAUGCACCCAAGACGUGCACCAACUUUGCAGAGCUGGCAAGGAGAGGAUACUACGACGGAAUUAAAUUUCACCGCCUCAUAAGAGACUUUAUGAUUCAAACUGGUGAUCCGACUGGCACUGGUCGAGGUGGGGCAUCAAUCUACGGGCCUGCGUUUGAAGACGAAAUACAUACUGAUCUCAAGCACACAGGAGCUGGCAUAGUAUCAAUGGCCAACAGUGGCCCUAAUACCAAUGGCAGCCAAUUCUUCAUCACUCUGGCUCCGGCUCAGUGGUUAGACGGAAAACAUACCAUAUUUGGUCGAGUGCAAUCAGGCAUGGGAAUUGUACAACGAAUCGGAUUGGUUAAUACUGGCAACGACGAUCGACCGUUGGAUGAAGUACUGAUUACGAAGGCAUUUCCCAAUGACGACUGAUGAGUUAUAACAUUUCAAUGUUUGAGAGUUAGUAAUAACAGUAAAUGCAUGGACACGAUGCUUCAUCUCCUAUUGUGUCGCUUGCAAUGUUAAUUGAAACAGAAAACACUACAGACUGUACUUGAUAUAGAAAUGUGUGGGGCCCAUAUCCAAA